UUGGCUAAUGGCCGGAAGGGGGCGGAGUAUAGCGCCCCGGUCAGGUCGCAGCUGUAAGCGGUUUGUCACCGGGGAGAUUGGUGCCGCUGAGAAGGAGCGGGAGGGCCGCGCACCCUCUUUCUUUAGGCUUAGGAGGGAGUUAGAAGAGGCAGAGUAACCAGUUUAAGCAGCAGGCGGGAGAGACUGAAUAUUCCUGGAGGGACCAAUGAUUGUUUCUUCAGAAGGAAAAUGAACUGAAACUUAUUUUAACCCUACAGGGCAGAGGAGCCAUGGAAGAGGGGAUUAUAGGAGGCGGGUGUAUAAAGGUGGAGGCUGCAGACAUUACAUUGGAUCAGGUGACAGUAGCCGCGCAAUUUCCGGAGCAGCUGAAGAUGGAGCCGCACAUGGACGGGCCAGUUCUGGUUGGUACAAUGGACUGUUUAGUGGAUUACAAUGUAGGGACCCAGCUGACAGUGGAGCAACAGAUCCAGAUUGGCGACGGUCCUCUUCAGUGCCCUGCGUAUGACAUGAGCUGCCUGACUGAAAAGCCCCCCAAACCUCGGCAGAGGAAACCCUCAGGGGAGGGCCAGUUUAGUUGUGGGCAGUGCAGUAAAAGCUUUGGGCGUAGCAUGGACUUGGCCAGACACCAAAAGGCUCACAAGGGUGAGAGGAGCUUCCUGUGUAAUAUUUGUGGGAAGAACUUCCGUCGGCACACUUCCCUUCUGAUCCACGGGCGGAUCCACACCGGCGAGCGACCCUAUCAGUGCACUUUGUGUGGCAAGAGCUUUGUACAGCGCCAGCACCUCACCACCCACAUGAGAACUCACACCGGGGAGAAACCCUUCCACUGCAUCGAGUGUGGCAAAGGCUUCCGCUGGAGAUCAGAGCUCCUGAAACAUCAGAAGAACCACACAGACAAGGCUUCGGUGGCUUUCGAUGAUUUGGCUUCCUCUUUCUCUAAAGAAGAAUGGAUGGAGCUGGAGGAAUGGCAGAAAGAGCUGUACAGGAACGUCAUGAAGGAGACCUCAGAGACAUUAAUGUCACUCGGGGAAGGCCUGGUGGAGAAAGCCAUUGGGGAAAAGGAUUGUGAUGGACUUGAACCAGCCGCUGCUCUAGCAAUAGACUGCACCAGUAACCUGCCAUUUUGCCCUGAAGGAGCUGUAACUUGCACUGGUCAGCUGGACGGAGGGCAGCCGAGUCAGCCUGUGGCCAUGGCGGAGGGGAAGGACGUGGUUUUCACAGAGGGUGCGGAUAAAAUCCGAAUCAAGUUCGUGGCUGACACAUCUAAGACAGAAAGAGCGCACGCUUAUUCAGUGUGUGACAAAGUGUUUUACAACAAGCGGACGAUUAAGACCCAUUUACAGGCUCAUUUGGGGGACAGGUCGUAUAUUUGCAACGUGUGCGGAAAGUUCUUCCGCCGACAUACCUCCCUGCUUAUCCACGAGCGCAUCCACACGGGCGAGCGUCCCUACCAAUGUCCUCAGUGCGGCAAGAGCUUUGUUCAACGGCAGCACCUUAACACCCACCUGAAAACUCACACCGGGGAGAAACCCUUUCACUGCACGGAAUGCGGCAAAGGUUUCCGCUGGAGGUCUGAGCUGGCCAAGCACCAGAAGGUCCACGUAGAGGAGGUGGGAGAUGGCUUAGCCAAGGACCAGAGGGGCGAUUUGAAUAUUGGCGAGAAGAUUGUCAGCUCUGUCAGCGCAGGAGGUGCAGAACACCAGGCCACAGAUUCCCAGAACAAGGGCUCCAAGAAACCAGCUGGUGCGGUUGUACAUCCCCGCAAUCCGAAAUCUGACAAAGCUCACGCGUGUGCCGAGUGUGGGAAGAUCUUCUACAAUAAGCGGACGUUAAAGUCACACCUGAGGUCUCACCUGGGCGAGAGGUCGUACAUCUGUAACGUGUGCGGCAAGUGUUUCCGUAGACACACGGCUCUGCUCAUACACGAGCGCAUUCAUACGGGCGAGCGGCCCUACAAGUGUGUGCAGUGCGGGAAGAGCUUCGUUCAACAGCAGCACCUCACCACCCAUCACUCAACUCACACUGGCAUCAAAGCCUUUCCUUGUGACGUCUGUGGGAACAGCUAUCGCUGGAGAUCAGAGCUGCUUAAACAUCAGAAGAUCCACGUGGAAGAGAACUCCGGAAAUGGCUCUGAGGACGGGCAGAAAGAGACCCCCGUUAGGAAGAGAUGUAUCCAACGAGUGGAGAGAGGCACUUUGGAAAGGGGCAAAGCGCUGGGGAAGCGGGCGAGACUACUCUUGAGGCAGAGAGCUCAGAAGGCAGAACGCACUCACUCCUGCCCUGAGUGUGGAAAGAACUUUAUCAACAAGCGGACUCUGCGCACCCACCAGCGCGUACAUACGGACGAGCGAUCCUACAUCUGUAACGUGUGUGGGAAGAGCUUUCGGAGACACACCUCUCUGCUCAUCCACGAGCGAAUCCACACUGGGGAGAGACCCUACCAGUGCGCCCAGUGUGGGAAGAGCUUUGUACAGCGCCAGCACCUCAGCACCCACCUGAAGACUCACACAGGGGAGAAACCCUUCCGCUGUGCCCAGUGUGAGAAAGGCUUUCGCUGGAGGUCUGAACUGGUGAAGCAUCAGAAGGUGCACGAGGAUGAGAGUCUUCUGGUUGGAGUGAAUUCACAUAAGAAAAAGAUUUCCCUGGAGAAUGACUGGAAGGGUAUGAAUGGGACGCAGGCAGUGCCGGAGCAGAGUGGUGAUGUUGGGGGAGCAGGAAAGUCACAGCAGGCACCUCAGGAGCGUCCGUUUCAGUGCAGUCAGUGUGAGAAGACCUACCUGCGCAGCUCCGACUUGGUGAAACAUCAGAGGAGUCAUUUAGGACCAUUAGGGGAGCGUCCGUAUGUAUGUAACCAGUGCGGGAAGUGCUUCCGUCGUAACACCUCCCUCCUGAUCCACGAGCGAAUCCACACGGGGGAGAGACCCUACCAGUGCGCCCAAUGUGGCAAGAGCUUCAUCCAGAGACAGCACCUCAGCACCCACCUGAAGACUCACACCGGGGAGAAGCCAUAUCCCUGCAAUGUGUGUGGCAAAGGCUACCGCUGGAGAUCUGAGCUGGGGAAACACCAGAGGGUGCACGGCACAGAGGCUACGGUCACAUUUGACGACAUGGCUGUGUGUUUUCCGGAGGAAUGGAAGGACCUGGAGGAAUGGCAGAAAGAACUCUACAAGAAUAUGAUGAAGGAGAACUCGGAUUCACUGAUAUCUCUGGGUGAAGUCUGGAUCAAUAAAAAUGGGAAGGAGAUGAACCCGAACAGACCCACUGACGUACUGGAAACCUCUGACUCCAAAGACAACAUCACACUGGGAGUUGAGGCCCUGAAUGUGCUGGAUCACAUGGGAGCCCCCCAAGAAGUCAGGGAUUUCAGCAGCAGUCGCCUCCAUGGAGAUGAACCCCAAACUUCAGCCGAUGCCCUCAGAGGCCUCCGCCAAAGCCUGGGAUUCCUGCAGCAGCGGCGCCCCCCUCGGGAGAAGCUCUUCUCUUGCAGCGAGUGUGAGAAACGUUUCUCCCGCAGCUCCGACCUCCUCAAGCACCAGAGGAGCCACCAGACCGGAGAAAAGCCGAAUGUGUGCAACGUGUGCGGGAAAGUGUUCCGCCGACGGACUGCGCUCUUUAUCCACAAGCGAAUCCACACGGGCGAGCGGCCGUACAAGUGCAAGCAGUGCGGCAAGAGCUUCAUCCAGCGCCAGCACCUCACUACCCACGUCAAGACUCACACUGGGGAGAGGCCGUACCCCUGUAAUCUGUGUGCCAAAAGCUUCCGCUGGAGGUCAGAGCUGCUCAAGCAUCAGAGGGUCCACCCGGAAAUCCUUGUGCCCCUGUAGAAUAUACACAUGGGUGAGGGCGGGACUUAGACAAACCGUCUCCCCACUAACUGGCAGCACAGACUGUGGGCAUUAGUAAAUACGGGCAAAGCUGCUGCAUUUGGAUACGAGGGGCGGCUGCUGCUGUUCUCCAUUGGUUGUUCUCCUCAGUGACUCUCUCUCUCUCCAGGGCUUCAGCCACAGCUAAAGGGCAAAUGCUGACAUGGACCGGCCUCGCCCCACUUCAUAUAGAGCAAAACACCCUGCUGUGAUUAUUAACCCCUGUUACUCCAGCUUCUGUCUUUGGGGCGGGGGUAUGGAGUAAAUAUGGCGUCUGUUUUAAAAGGGGUGGUUCACCUUUCAAUUAACUUUUAGUAUGUCAUAGAAUGGCUAAUUCUAAGCAACUUUUCAAUUGGUCUUCAUUAUUUAUUUAUUUUCUAGUUUAUUACUUUUUAUUCCUCAU